CUGGCUGGCUGCCUGGUCCAGAGCCAAGUCCAAAAAAAAAAAAAAAAAACCCUUUUUCCUUUUCUUCUCCUUCAUCGCCCUUUUUCCUUUUCUUCUCCUUCAUCGUCUAAUCGUCUUCUAAUAACUGCCACCGUUUUUAAAAAAAUAAACCAAAACGGCGUCGCAUCCUCCAUCAAGGACUGGUUCAACACGCGCGACCCACACUCAUCACCCGAAUCUUUCAGAUUCUCUCUUCGACGGACUCUUUCUCCUAUAACGACGCCGCCCUAACACUCCCCCGUCUCGACGAGUCCAAAGAUUCCAGCGGCGAUCUUUCUCCGUCACCUUCAAAUAUGUGGUCUCUUCGCGGUCGAGCUUCUCUUCUUCUCAGUCAAUUCUGGUACUUUGGAUAUGAUCGUUUGUUGUUGCCGAAUACGUUUUACCAUUCCGGACAUGCCUCCCUGAAAUUCGCUGUGAGUAGGCGCGAACUUUCUUCGCAAGGUGAUGCCAAUAGCAUGAUAGAUCAGGAUGGUUUAGAGGAAUCACACUGCGAGUUUCCAGAGAAAGAAGAACUUCUUGAUGUGCUUAUGGGUAACUUUGAUGAAGAAAGGAAAGAAAAAAUCAGACAAAAUAUCUCACGGGCAUGGCGCAAGAUUAACCUUAACCCUCACAACCCUAAGUGUAAAGCUGAACUGAUUGAGAAGUUGGUAGAAGCAAAAAGUCUGCCUGAAUUUAGGCAGAGAUAUCUUCCUAACUAUAUCAGUUUGAUUGUUAAAUUGUCUAAUCAUGAGCUACAUGAAUUAGAGAUGUACUUUGAGAGUUAUCCAGAACCUUUUAAACGGAAAUUUGCUGGAGUUCUUUUAUCAAUUCGUGGCGCUCAGGCCAAAAGAAAUGCAGUUUUAGUUGAACACUAUAUAACCGUUGGAUUAAAAGAAGAUGCCAAAGAUUUAUUGAAGAAGAUGGAAGGUGAAGACCUACAAAAGAAUCCUCGGGUUGGUAGGUAUUUACUUCUGUCUUAUGCGAAAUUGGGUGAUAUAGAUGAAGUGAGAAGAAUUUGGGAGCUUUGUCAAACUUGCCCUCAAAGGGAAGUGUGUCUGGCUGCAAUUGAGUCUUUUGCUGAAUUGAAUAAAAUUGAUGAAGCAGAGGCGGCUUUUGAGUUUAUGUCAAAGAGAGGGCUGCUUCAACCCAAAAACUACUCACUUAUGCUGAAGAUUUAUGUAAAUAAUAAGAUGGUAAAAAAGGGCAACAAUCUUGUUAUGCGAAUGGCAGACAAUGGGAUCCAAAUAGGCCCAUUGACAUGGGACGACCUAGUUAAACUUUAUAUCAAAGCAGGGGAAGUUGAGAAGGGAGAAACCAUAUAUCAAUUCUUAUACUGCUAUUAUGGAGCAUUAUGCCAAUAGAGGUGAUAUCCAUAGUACAAAGAUGAUUUGGCAGAAAAUGAAAGAAGUGGGCUAUAAGUUUAAUUCGAGGCAAUACGAAGUUUUACUACAGGCUUAUUUAAUUGCCAAGCUUCCGGCACAUGGAAUGAGGGACAUGAUGAAAGCCGAUAACAUAGUUCUCAACCCAGUUCUUCGGCGUUUAUUGGUUCAAGUUGAUCCUUUUCAUAAGAUUGAAACCUUAGAUUUGCGUAUUUUUAAUGUACGAAAUUGAGGAAAUUAACAGAUUCAAGUUUUUUAAUUAUUAUUAAAUUUGUAUGUGCUUUAUUAUUAUUAUUCAA